CUUCACACUCAAUCCUCACCCCACUCUCUCUCUCUCUCUCUCUCUCUCUCUCUCUAACUUCUGCAUCCGCAGCCUCCAUAGACACUGCCUUGUUUCUCUCCUCCUCCUCAAGACCCAAAACCCACCUUAAACCCUGAUUCUCCAAAGGAUGAAACUCUUGUUCUUCCCCAGAAUAUCUCCAAUCUCACCUCAUCCAUGAAGCUCCCACCUUUUCUUCUCAGACCAAUCUCUCAAUUCUCUUCCACCACAUCAAAGCUCCCUCCACUCGCCACUGCCUACGAAAUAACCACUCACGAGGAAGUCCUCAGUAUCAUCAAUUCAUCGACCCCCAUGGAACCUGAACUCGAAAAGGUAGUCCCUUUUCUCUUGCCUGACAUUGUCAAUUCUGUAUUUCAAGAACAGCUAAAUCCCGAACUGGGUUUUCGAUUUUUCGUCUGGGCAUCGAAGAGAAGGAAAUUUCGUUGUUGGGUUUCGUUUGAUUUUAUUAUUGAUAUGCUUGUUAAGGAUAAUGGGUUUGAAUUGUAUUGGAAAACUCUCGAAGAGCUUAAGAGUUGUGGGGUUCCUAUUUCGUCUGAUGCUUUCACUGUAUUGAUUUCUGGGUAUUGGAAGUUGCGAAUGGCUGAAAAGGCCGUGGAAGCUUUUGGUAGAAUGAAAGACUUUGAUUGUAAACCUGAUUUGCAUACGUAUAAUAUGAUUUUGCAUGUUAUGGUUGAAAAAGAGGUGAUUUUGUUAGCUUUAGCUGUGUAUAAUGUGAUGUUGAAGUCGAAUUGUGCUCCAAAUUGCGCCACUUAUAGCAUUUUGAUCGAUGGGUUGUGUAAAAGUGGCAAGACUCAAGACGCUCUUAAGCUGUUUGAUGAAAUGACUCAAAGAGGUAUACCGCCUAAUAGAAUAACUUUUACUGUUAUUAUUUCAGGUUUGUGCAAAUCAAAGAGAGCUGAUGAAGCACAUAGAUUGUUUAAUACAAUGAAAAGAAGUGGGUGUUCUCCUGAUACGAUUACAUAUAAUGCUUUGCUCAAUGGGUUUUGUAAGUUGGGGAAAGUGGAUGAAGCGUUUAUGCUUUGUAGCUCUUUUAAGAAGGAAGGGUAUGCCCUUGGGAUAAAUGGGUACAGUUGUUUGAUUGAUGGUCUGUUUAGAGCCCGGAGAUAUAACGAGGCACAUGAUUUGUUUCAAAAAAUGUCUGAAGAGAACAUCAUACCCGACCUUGUUUUGUACACUAUUAUGAUUCGGGGUUUAGCUGAAGCUGGCAAGGUCAAGGAUGCAUUGAAAUUGUUGAGGGUGAUGACGGAGAAAGGUGUGGCACCAGAUACUCACGGUUACAAUACUCUGAUCAAAGGGUUUUGUGAUAUGGGUCUCUUGGACCAGGCUCGGUCUCUUAAACUUGAAAUUUCAAAACAAGACCUCUUCCCAGACACUUGCACCUACACCAUUCUUAUUUGUGGUAUGUGUAGGAAUGGUCUAGUGGGAGAGGCACGAGAAAUAUUUAAUGAGAUGGAGAAGGUUGGAUGCUUCCCUUCUGUUGUGACCUUCAAUGCUCUUAUUGAUGGGCUUUGUAAGGAUGGUGACCUUGACGAAGCUCACCUUCUGUUCUACAAAAUGGAGAUCGGAAGAAAUCCAUCAUUAUUUCUUCGGCUUUCCCAAGGCACAGAUCGGGUUCUUGAUAGUGCAAGCCUCCAAACAAUGGUGGCGAAAUUGUGUGACUCAGGAUUGAUUCUCAAAGCUUACAAGCUUCUCAUGCAGCUUGCUGAUAGUGGGGUUCUUCCAAACAUCACAACUUACAACAUUCUGAUCAAUGGCUUCAGCAAAGCAAGAAACAUUAAUGGUGCUUUCAAGCUCUUCAAGGAGCUCCAACUUAAGGGGCAUUCCCCUGAUUCAGUUACAUAUGGCACACUCAUUGAUGGGCUCCAAAGGGUUGACAGAGAAGAGGAUGCCUUUGGGGUCUUUGAUCAAAUGAAGAAGAAUGGAUGUAUGCCUAGUUCAGCAGUUUACAAGUCGCUUAUGACUUGGUCUUGUCGAAAGAAGAAAAUCUCUGUUGCUUUUAGUAUUUGGUUGAAGUAUUUGAGGAGCCUUCCUGGUCGGGAUGAGGAAGCAAUUAAAGUAGCAGAGGAGCAUUUUGAGAAAGGAGAACUGGAAAAGGCAGUUCGAGGCUUACUUGAACUGGACUUCAAAGUGAAGGAUUUUGAUUCAGCACCUUAUACCAUUUGGAUCAUUGGGUUGUGCCAGGCACGAAAGUUGGAUGAAGCAUUAAAGCUGUUUUCCAUUCUCGCGGAGUGGGGGAUCAAUAUAUCUCCCCCUAGUUGUGCCAGAUUAAUCCAUAGUCUCUGCAAAGAAGAGAAUUUAGACGAGGCAAUAAACAUUUUCUGUUAUACUAUGGAGAAAGGUUACAUGUUGAUGCCACGAAUUUGCAACCAGCUGCUCAAGUGUAUACUUUCUAAAGGAAAAUCAAACUAUGCUCUUGAUCUUCUGAACAGAAUGAAUUCUAUGGGAUACGAUUUGGAUGCCUAUCUUUAUUCUUCGACCAAGUUCCGUUUACAUGGUCAUUGGAACACACGGGAAAUGGAAAAUGUAUCACCUGGAUAAAUCUGGUACUGGAGUGGCUGUCUGGUGUCCAGUUGCCAUCAGGACAAUUGUUGUAAAACUCAAAUUAUGUUUUAUCCCUAAUACAAUUUAUUUAAAAUACAAAUAAAUUAUAAGGCCUAUCUUCUAUUUUCUGCACAUGUGUAGAUAAAUAUACAUGUUGCAUCAGGUUCAGAGACUGGAUGGUUGGGUUCGUCAAGGGAGAGGUGAUGCAAGCUUGGCCCUGUCAGGAUAAAGUCUUGAUUCCACCCCUGAUUGUAUCUAAGUUUUCGGUCUUAUUGCAUAUCUGUGAUCCUGUAUGUUGUUAAGUGCGGGUCAUUACUGGAGUUGUCAAAACUUGGAAAUAGGCGCUGGUAUUGUAAAACCGCGAGCAUGACACAAGCAUGAAUAGGGCCCACUUCUUUCGGCAUACAACAGAUAGAGAGCAUCUGCUGAAUUGGUUAGGCAGAUGUAGCGAAGGGAGAGGGGGUGGAGGUGAUGCAAGCUUGGCCGCUGUCAGGAUAAAAUCCUGAUUCCACUCUGAUUGCAUCUAAGUUUUCUGUCUUAGUGCAUAUCUGUGAUCCUGUAAGUACAGGUGAUUACCGGGAGUUGAUAGGACUUGGGAAUAGGCUUACCUAAAUGCAUUAGCUGGUGUUGUGAAACCCCGAGGCAUGACACAAGCAUGAAUAGGGGGCCCACUUCUUUCAGCAUGCAACAGGUAGAGAGUGUUUGCUGAAUUGGUAAGGCAGAUGUAAUGAAGUUGAUCACUAGCAACGUAUGAGAGGCAACUAAAGACUAUCACCUCCUAUGCUGUUACAGCUUUGUUGGCUAUACUUAUGCUUACCAUGAUGAUUCAGUUGACGAUCGUGAUCUUUUCGUGGUUAAUGUCAGAUGAAACAAAGCUUAGGGUGUGGUGAGAUGUGCCUUCUUCUAUGAGAAUUCUCUUUGGAAUUUGGAGUUGAGUGAGGAUGAAAGUACCAUCUGAAUUCUUGACAGUGAUUCUGUGAUCUUUAUCUUCUGCACCUUCUCCUUCUUCGUCUUCUCCUUUUCUUUGGUCUGGCUCUUAAUGCAUAAAAAAGAGGAGAACAAAAAAAAGAAUGAACAAUGGUCAUCUUCUGUCUGUAAGUGGAGAUAUCGAAACCUGGGUUUUGCCCAGUAUUUUUCUUCCGCAGAACUGGUGUAUGGAACUCACAAUUUCUCCAAUGUAAGAGUAUUUUUCAAGGUGAGAUUUUACUUAUAUGAUUUACAUGUACAAUGGGGUUCAUACACGUUGAAGCAACAUUGUUUUUUGGAUUCACCUCUGCAUUGCUUUAUAGGUGGAUCAUGGUGUGCUCACCCAAACCACAAGGCCUUUGGCAAGACAAGGUAUUGAGGUUAUGAAAUUUGAAGCCUUAUCACCAAAUCUUCCAAAUGAAGUGCCUAUUCAAUUCAUGACUAUAGAACAACAAUUUCACACGGUGGUUCAAAGGUUUCUUUAUUGUCGAGGUUUUCUAAUUAUCGGUUAUCCUAAUAAAGCCCAGGAUGCAGUGUCUGAGAAUGGACUUCUAUUGCUUGUUUCAUCUUGCUUUCGCUCCUCCUGGUAGUCAUGCUAUAUACUCUUAUGUUCUACUUCAGCAGGCAUGCAUUUCUAGCAUUAAGUCAUGUCCUACAGAAGCCGAGGCUGGAAGCAUUUAUGGAUUUAUGAAGCGUGGAGCUGUUAUGUUUGUCCUUGUCAAUAAUCUCCUUUGCGUAUACAGUUAUGGUAUGUGUUGAGGUUAUAGUUGUAGAUGAUCUUGGUCUCCUAGAUCGGUCUAUUUGGUAGCUGGCAUUUAGCUAAGAAAGGGGAUUAAUACUCUGUUAUUUAAUAGUGGUGACAUACGUUAACCUCCAGUCCAUGUUGUAGUGUAUUCUGUUGAUUUCAAUACAAUUUUUAUGAAAUAGAAUGGUUUUUGAUUGAUUGAUUA